UACUACACUGUGAUAACAGUGAGUUAUGUAAGUCGCUAUAAGGCCUUAAAUAAUCUACAGGUGUGUCAAAGGUGUUUAUUGGAGAAGUAUAAUACAUCAGAUAUAAUAUAUCAGACGAGCAAAACCAUGUGUUCCGCGAAAACACCACGCAUCCUUUCAAUCCAGAGUCAUGUAGUGUCAGGAUACGUUGGCAACAAAAGCGCUACUUUCCCAUUGCAGCUAUUAGGCUUUGAGGUUGAUGCAAUUAACUCUGUACAAUUAUCUAAUCAUACUGGCUAUAAAGAAUGUAAAGGACAGAUACUCAAUGAUAAAGAUCUAGAUGAUCUUAUUGAUGGUUUAACAAAAAAUAAUUUGGAUAAUUAUACGCAUUUACUGACUGGAUAUAUUCGUUCAGCUUCUUUUUUAAAAAGAGUAGCAUUAUUGAUCACAACAUUGAAACGUAAGAAUCCAAACCUUAUUUAUGUUUGUGAUCCUGUUAUGGGUGAUAAUGGGAAGAUGUAUGUCCCAGAGGCAUUGAAGGAAAUUUACAAGAAGGAGAUAGUUCCAUUAGCGGAUGUGCUCACUCCAAAUCAGUUUGAAUUAGAAUUACUAACAAAUGAAAAAAUUACCAAUAUGACUGAAUUGCAAAAUGUAAUUAAAAAAUUGCAUCAAAUUGGACCAAACAUUAUAGCUGUAUCAUCAACUGAGUUUAAUAAUAAGUUGACAACAGUAGUCAGUGAAAAAGAUAAUGUAUUAUUGAAAGUGGACAUUCCUAAAAUUCCAGUAACCUUUACGGGUUCUGGAGAUCUCUUUGCUGCAUUAUUCCUUGCUUACUUGUAUUUGGAAAAUAACAUGAAAACAACCAUAGAGAAAACUGUAAAUUCUCUAUACAGUGUAUUACUUAAUACUUAUGAAUAUUCUAAAGAAUGUACAGACACUAAAGCACAACAUGCUAGAAAAAUUGAAUUACAACUUAUACAGAGUAAGAAUAAUAUUGAAAAUCCAGAUAUUCAUCUGUUUGCAGAAUCCUUAUAACAUACAUAAAAUUAUAGGAAAAAUGCUUAAAUGUGUUAACUACCAGAAAAAAAAUCAAAAUAAUGUACAUACAUAUUGUCUAUGCAAUGUAAAAUUUCUUUAGCAUUUAAGUAACUGAACACUUGUUAAAUCUACUUACAAUACUAUUGUGAAAAAGAUGUUGCAUUUAUAAUAUAAAAUUUUUAUUUUAAUGAAA